AUGUUUUCACUAUAUAAAUUAUCCAAUAAACAAUCUAUAACUCAACAUCUAUUUAAUAAAAACACUAUCCGUUUAUUUAGCACUCAUUAUUCAAAUGAACUUGAAUGGGUUAAAUUAUCAGAUGAUGGAAAAGUUGCAACUAUUGGUUUAACAGAUUUUGGUCAAAGUAGAUUAGGUAAAGUCAACUCUGUAGAGUUACCAAAAGUUGAUAGAAAAUUAAAAGAAGAGGAAAAAAUGGGAUCACUAGAUGGUUCUAAUAGAACUGUUUUUGGUUUAUAUGCACCAGUUUCUGGCCAAGUUAUUGAAGUUAAUAAUCAACUCCACAAAAAACCAGGUUUGGUUAAUACUGAUCCAAAUGGAAAUGGUUGGAUGAUUAAGUUCAAAGUAACCAAGCCAGAUGAAUUUAAACAAUUAAUGGAUAAGUCCCAAUAUGACGUAUUUGUAAAGAACUAUAGAUAA